UGUCACAGAAAGUUAGUAUUCCAACCUGUUCAGAAAUCACAAAUCAUCUGCUAGCCUGCAUCUGAAUGGGCCAACCUCCACCUAUUUAUCUGGCUAGAGAAUGUACAUAGCUAAUACUUGAUGGUCUUUGUUUCAUUCCCAUUUUCGAGUGACUCACACUCUCCCAUCCUAUAGCUGGGCAGAAAGCCUGUCCACUAAAUUGGGUGCGUUCUCCCUCUUGUGGUCGCAAAGUACCAAUGCAGAACCAGUGCUAGAAAUGUGUAUUUUCCCCAAAAAAGUGUUACAGAUGAGGGAUUUUGAUUCAAUAGAACAACAUUCAGCGUUUUCCAACUUCCUAAAAUCCUAACACCCAUAAGCCAAAUGCAAAUCGUACACAUAUUUACAGUAAUUAUGCUCUUAAGCAUCUCAUUCCUAAUAACUGUUUGGGUGGAACAAAUCGCAAAACUGUAAUUGCAACUGAAUGUAUGCAAUCUGUUUGGGAUUAGGGCAGAUGAGUAGCUUCAUGUGUCCUAGUUCAGUGACAGAGUCCCAAAAGAUCCAUACAACAGGCUGGCAUGAUGAAGUUCUAGGGUAUCUCAAUGCCCUCGCCUGUUUACGGGACCCAAUUUGCUUUCAGCUGCUGAGGGAAGGGGGUUGAAUGGGUUGAAAUAUCUUGCCACAACACGGAGUAAAUUUUGGUUAGUUGCGCCCUAUCUCUGCAGUUUAGUUUCAGAAUUUGUAGAGAUACCCUGGAAUGCUUCCUGCCACUUGUUUUCUGUUUCUGUAGGUAUGAAGUCCUUUCUUUCAGAGCUUCCAUUUGUAAACAUUAGGUCCUACCAUUGCCCUUCUGUUUUUUUACUGGGUUCUUGAACUUUAAACUUUAGUCAUUCAGUAACUUCACCCAAGAGCUAGCUGCUAAGCAGGCGAAAUCCAGUUAACUGUUCCAAGGGAACCAAAAUGGGAACUCACAACAACUGGACAAUAUGGUUUCUCUUCCUUGCAUUCAUUUUUCAUCAGGCAGAAUCAACAGUGUUUUUGUCGGACAGGGAUGCAAAUCAAGUUGUUGCAAGGUCUAAGCAUGCCAGAUUCAUGUAUUUCGAAGAAUUCCUCCAAGGUAAUUUGGAAAGAGAAUGCUUUGAAGAAAGGUGCACAUAUGAAGAAGCUCGAGAAGUAUUUGAAGACACCGAGAAAACUGACAAGUUUUGGAAUGGCUACUUUGAUGGUGCACCAUGCUCCUCCAACCCCUGCCUGAAUAAUGGCGUGUGCAAGGACAGCAUCCGAAGCUACACAUGUGAUUGUAGAGAUGGCUUUGAAGGAGCCAGCUGUGCUUUUGCUAAAAAUGAGUGCCGCCAUGAAAUAAACGAGGGUUGCCAGCACUUCUGCUAUCCAGAACUGAUGUCGUACCGCUGUUCGUGCGCAAAAGCCUAUGAACUUGGGAAAGAUGCUAAAUCGUGCCUUCCCCAAGAUCAGUGUGCAUGCGGCAGACAUAAAGACCACUUACCUGUGCAGCUGGAUGCCACCGAAACAAUCCAGAGAGGAUUCCCUUGGCAGGUCCUGCUCUUAAACUCGGAAGGAGAAUGGUUCUGUGGUGGUGUUCUACUGAAAACUAACUUUGUCCUGACUACAGCUGAAUGUGCACGGCUGAAUCCCAUCAUCGCUGUGAUUGGAAUCAACAGGCUGCAAAGAGCUAGGCAAGAAAUACCUGUGAAACAGAUAAAUAUACACAUCCGCUAUGAUAGCGACACCGGUGAGAACAACUUGGCUUUGCUUGAACUCGAAAAGCACAUUGGCUGCAGCAGCCGCCACCUGCCCAUAUGCAUCCCAGAGAGGGAUUUUGCGGAGCACGUGCUGAUUUCGGAACGGGAGGCCACUCUCAGUGGCUGGAAAGCCGAUGGAAAUAACUCCACAGGUUCAACGGCGGAGCUGUCAGUUUCGUACCUCAAUGGAGACGAAUGCAAGCAAAUCCUCAACAGGACACUGAUAACAAGGGAAUUCUGUGGCUAUAGCCGUGAAGUAUCGGGAGAACUACUGGCUGGAGGUAGCUUUAGUGCUGUUGACUAUAAAGGCACUUGGUUUCUGACGGGUGUUUUAGAACCAUGGGCAACAGAAGCAACUAAGUGGGAAACACUUAUAUUCACUAAGACGACACGAUACAUGAUGUGGUUUAAGCAAAAAAUGGACUAAUUGAAAGCAAGGGCAUAGGAAUAUGUGGAAUGGCAAGGCCCAGCAUUUGUAUGUAUUUGUGUAGAAGUCAGUUGUAAAAAUUAUGUGCAAUUAACUCUUGAAAAUAAAACUUUUUGCCCUUUA